UUUCGAACAUAUGUAUCAAACAAGUAUAAAAAGACGCCCAACAGGAGCUUCCGUCUUACUGAUUGGCUAACUUCUCGAUUCACCAUGAUCGCCGCAUACAUCUUUCUGCUUUUGUCGAUUCAGCAGGUAUGUCAUGUGGCAAUCGGAACUCCUGUUGAAGAGUUAACUUUCGACGAGUUGGAAGACAUCCAUUUUGAAUCAAACGAUAAAUCAAACAUUUCUGAUAUCUUGCCUUCUUGGCUGGUCAACUGCAAGAAUCUGUCUACGACUGCACAAGAGGUGCUACAAGUGGUCCAGAACAUCUCCACGUGGCUUUACCAAAAGCCAGUCACCAUCAUCAAAGAUUUCGACGACCUUCGCAAAUGCUCAGGCCUGUUGAAACCCAUCUGCCUCGUUAACGGGCUGAUGAAAGUCGUGAACGACUUCCAAACCAUCCAGCAUGAAGUGCAAUCACGUGUUAACAUAACUGAUACGCUUUUCAAAAAGGUGAUCAAGGAACUCGUUUGGUGCUUUUUACACGCGAGCGACGACCAACCCGAAUCGCAAUUGAUGGAGGAGUUAUUCAUGGAAAUGGAUAUAAACCGCUAAAAAAGUACCUACUUACUAGUUACAACUAUGUGAUAAAUAAAUUGAUUACCCAAAUUAUUUUAUUGUACAUAUAUUUUUUUACAAUCAUUAACAAAAAAGUGCUAAGGGAAUUUCUUGAAAAUAAACUACAGCACUGUAACUGCCAAAUGUGUUGCAUAGAUAUAGAAUAUGAGCAAAAUUAAUUUUUGUCAUGCCAGCUAACACUAAACUUUUUACAUGAUUAUACAAUAACAAUAAAUACAGUUAAUAAAUGUA